AGUUGCUACUAUUCAAUUCAUUCUGUGCAGUUAAUGCAUGUAGUAUUACAGCACUUGAUAAUUACUUUAUUUCAAAAUGCGUCGGAGAACGGAAGCUCAAGCAUCAAGCAAUGAACCUGUUAAUGCUGAUAAAAAGGAUCCAGAUCAGAGACUUCACAGCCAGGCUGGAGCUAAAGGCAGAGUGUCUUAUGGUUCUGUGCUCAUAAACAUUGGGAAGUGUUUACUUUUAAUCAUCAUCAUCCCUCCAUUCCUCAACUAUGCAUCGCUUCAGAGAGAAGGACAGAUGCUGUUGCCCAAAGAUGGCCAGGUUGUUGAUGUUAGUUUGGGUCAAAAGAUGCAUCUUUUGUGUAAAGGAAAAGGAAAACCAGUUGUUGUACUGGAUGCACCGACUGGAAUGUCCUCAGAUAUUUGGUUUCAUGUCCAAGAAAGUGUGGCCACACUAACAAAGGUUUGCACCUAUGACAGAAUGGGACUGGGCUUCAGCAAGCGGCUGAUGCAGAAUGAAACCACAGGAACUGAGAGAGUUUGGGGGAUGUCAACAACUGGACGGAUGGUGGAUGAUCUGCACCGACUCCUGCAGGCUGCCGGGUUAGCCCCGCCCUUCAUCCUGGUGGGCUCCGAGCUGGGCGCGCUCAACGGCCGGUUCUACAGCCACAUUCACGACGUGCAAGUGUCUGACCUGGUGCUGAUCGAUCCCAUCCCAGAGGACGUGUUUGAGGACGACCAGUGGAACGAGUACUGGUAUGGUAAGCUGUUGCCGUCAUUCCAGGCCAGACAGUUUUCAGCAGCUACAGGGCUGAGCCGCAUGCUGAUUAUCCUGGGGGUGAUUGAACCAACUAUCAAAGGCGAAAACGUCUCAGAGGAGGUGGUCCAACGCCAGAAAUACCUGCUCAGUAACCCUGCCCACCAAAGCAGUGCGGUGGAUGAGCAUUACUUUCUGAAUGAAAGUGCAGCUCAAGUAAGGGACAUCACAAAGUUUAAGCCCCUCUCCAGCAGGGUGUCAGUGAGUGUGAUCACUGGAGAUUCCUUUGACGAGCAGAUACCACCACACCUGAACCAGAUGGUAGCGAAGCUUCAAAAGAAGUUCCUGGAGGAAUCCUACCCAUCAGCCAAUCACAUUCACAUAAAAGGAGCAGACCGGCGAAUGAUCUACAAGAAGCCAUCUGCCAUCAGCCAGCACCUGAGGAGGCUAGUCAACCAGCGACAAGCCAAACAGCAGAGCGAGUGACCCAUGGCCAAAAUGUAACCGUACCCCAGACCUGGACAGAAUAACAGUUGAAUAUGUUUUAAAUAUUCAAUAAAAUAUUCAAGUUAUCUUUUUACCUUUCCCUGCAGCGAUCUGCAGAGAUUGUCUACAUGGCUGCUAAGGUUCAUCAAGGAGUCAAUUUGAGAGCAGGUUUUUGCGCAGCUCCGCUUCAUUGGAAGCUUUUUAAUUGAAGGUAACUGGAGGGUAUUCAGUGUGAUGAAAUAUUUGCUGUCUUCGAUUCAGAAAAUCUUAUCUUUCAAGUUGUUAUUUCAGUCUCUUUACCUGAUUGGCCAGUGCCAAAAAUUAAUACAUUACUGCUUAUCACUGUAAAAGGCCACACAUGUCACUGCUCAACCUGAUACUUUUUUUUUUUUUUUUUUUAUCUCAUCCAUUUCUGUCUUAAUAUUCUGCCAUGUUAUAGCCGCAGGCAAAGGUACACUGAGUUCCUGUGUGUCUGCUGCAUCAGCUACAGUCAUUUGUUACUUGCAUAUAAUUGAGUUACAUCACAAUCAGACGUAGAGCUCUAUUUUUGGAUUUAUGUUGAUCUGAUUAAUUUUCUACAUUGCAGAUGGAUGAGUCUGGCUGACAAACCUAAUUUUGCGUUUUUGUAAAUAAAUCUUUAUUUACCUUUGUGUCUACUUUUAACUGUGGCAAACACGAGCUGUUUAUUUAUGGAUAUAUGCAGCACUGUGAAAGAAAGACCAGACAGCAUUGGUUUAUCCUGAGGAUUUAAGUUUAAUUAUGACACCACAUCAAAAUAAAAAUUUCCAACAGAUCUGGAAUUUAAUUCCAUCCAUAUACAUGCAUAGCAACAACGUUUUAAGAAACAUUUUCUCCCAUAAUCAGGACAUUGGAAUGAUCAUUUUACAUCAGUAUCCCCACUGACCUCCCACCCAUCUUGUUCAUCAGCAAUAAACUUAAUUCUUGUACAACUUCUUUUUUUCCCUAUGGGGUUACAAAUAAUUAUAUGCACAGUCCCCAUUUCAUAAUACUGCUUUCAGUAAUGUUCCCCCAUUUACAAAGUAUUGCAUUGAGAGCAAAUUGCAAAAAGGGAGACCAAAGUAUCAUAACAGAAAUACGAGUACUAUACAAGAAUGCCGCCAUCCUCAUGAAAACAUCCACAUCUGAGUUGAAGAAAAGAGACAGGGACAAACAGCCACAUAUGUAUGCAAAGCCAUGUGUAUAUGCCAAAAUGUGAGAUGCAGGGUUGUGCCUGGUUAUCACACCCAAAUGGUGAUUUUUUAAGGCUAACAAGUCAUUAGUAGCAAUCUGCAAGUGACAUUUUGGGCAUAUACAGAAACUGGUACAGCAAAUAAGAAUACACAAGUGCCUCAGUAGCUAUUUUUGUGUCUAAAAUGCAUCUCAUUUUUGUAUUGUCUAUUGUUUCAUUGAGCCUACAUUACAGUGUAAACAAUAUGUGUGCUACACAAGAAUGACUAUACAAUAACAUUACAAACAACUCUGAUAUAAAUUUCAUUUUGAAUUUAAAUUAAGAUCACUACUCCUAUUAAUACUGAUUGUAAAAUAAAUUAAUGUGAAAGUGGCACCAAUAUUAUUCUUGAUUCAUUUUUCUUUUUCUUUUUCUUUUUUAACCAAUGGUUUUGCAUUUUUAAGUGUUAAAACGAUGAAAGAAGAAGCUUCUCUUGAUUGUCCACAAGCAGCGUUUAGCACUGCGUGAUGCACUAUUCCAGACACAACAGUGUACCAAAACAAAGGAGAAAAAAGGGUUAAAAG